AUGUCGCAAGCCAUACAUAACGACAUCGCAGUGCAGUCCGAGUCCGACAUUCCGCCACCGCGCGACCGAAAGAAAGCCCUGCGCUCCGUCUCUCCACCGUUGAGCAAUGUUCCAUUCUCCCGAUUCACCUACGCUCUCGUGAUCCUUGCCGCAGCUAUCCUCGCGUUCUACGCCUGGCGCCUCAUGCAGUGGAAGACAGAAAUGGGCGGCUGGUGGAAUCUUGCUCUGGGAAGAAAGCCGCCCGUGAUUCAGGGCAGUGGCCAAAAUGUAUGGUCAGGUCUGGAUUGUGAUGCUAGUGGAUGGUCACGAAAAGAUCCUCAGCCUAGCGUGGAUCAGAGUAUCGAAGAGUUGGCGCUUGCGCUUGGUAUCCCGAGCAAGGACCUAGCGAUCGCAAUAUCGGGCGCUGUGAAGGAACACGUCCCUCCGGCUAGCCUGUCAUCCAUUGCUGCGCACGAGACCGGUGACACGGUAAAAUAUAUGGUCGACCCAUCCGGCGCAUCAGCCUCCGAUUCAGAGAACUCGCCAGCAUCUGCCGCAAGCAUGGGCUUCAAGACAGUUGCCAGUGCAUUCGAUGCAGUUGUUGGUUUCGAUGAGCCUCCCACCGAGGUUUAA